UUCCAUCAACUGAGGCUUUGAGUCACAUCUAUGCUUUACUUUCAGUAUAUUUAUCUUCUCUUUCAUGACGGGAGGUGUUAGUGGAAUCAAGGCAGCUCCAACAUGAAUUCAACGGCGGAAAUAUUGGAGGACAACCUAGAGAAGAUUUUGAAGGGUGAGGGACUGGAGGUGAGAGAGUUUGAUUCGGUUCCUGAACAAGUGAAGCCUGUCACACUGAGGAAAAGCGUGUGUUACAUUGUCGGCGCAGUUAUCUUCAACUCAAAGGAUGAGGUGUUAAUGGUUCAGGAGGCAAAGAGAGAGUGUUAUGGCAGAUGGUAUCUCCCUGCGGGUCGCAUGGAGGAGCGUGAAAGCAUUCUAGAGGCGCUGCAGAGGGAGGUCAAAGAGGAGGCAGGAAUAGACUGCCAGCCAAUCACACUGCUGCUGGUUCAAGAACAAGGACCAAAGUGGGUUCGCUUCGUCUUCCUUGCGGAGGAAACAGGAGGCUCUCUGAAGACAACGGCAGAAGCAGAUUCUGAAUCCCUUCAAGCUCAGUGGUGGGACCGUGAGUCCCCACUUCCUCUUCGCGGACGUGACAUACUGCCCCUCAUUGAUGCUGGGAUAAAAUAUCGCCGAAAUCCCUGGUUCCCUAUGUUACAACCUGUUGACUUCCCUUGUCAGGUUAUCUGCCAAAGACUUUUCCUCACAUUCAUCUCCUGCAACGGUAACACAGACACCAGCGAUGAGCACCGCCUGUGGCUGCUGAUGAGCAGCAACGAUGCCACUUCUCAGCCCAGUCUUCCUAUAGCACUAUCAGUUAAUGCAUUCGACACAAUCCCACGAGCUGCACACAGACUGGUCAAGGAGUGCGUGCCUUCGUCAUCCAUGCAAGUUCACACAUGUGGCAUUCUGGGAGUGCAGCACAAUGGGAGAAUUCCAGGAAAAACAGACGGGGUCUGCUUUAACACGCUUGUGUUGUUGGAAAAUUCAGAGGACGGGGCUGAAAUCAGCAGCCCACCACCAUUGGAGGGUGACGCUUACAGAUGGCAUGAGGUGACCAAUCAGAGCCUGAGUUCAAAGAUAAUACAGAGGAUUAAAGAAGAGUCUGUUCUGCCUGUUCAUAGUCUAUACUGAUGCUCUGCCACCCUAGUAGAGGAUCAGGACAAGAACUGAACCUGUAUCUUCCACAUGAGCACCAAGGCUCAACAUGUCUAAAGCAUGCAACACAGUUUCAGCUGUGUGCUUCACUCAUCUUUCGCUCUUUGGUGUCUGCUCUCCGUUCUCAAAUUCUUAAAAAUAGGCAGUUCAAGUUCUGAAUAACCGUUUGUGAAAAGGAAGUGCACUUAAUUAUUGAUUGCACACUUGUAGUGUACUUCAAAUAUUAUAUUACUUGCAGGU